UUUAACUUAUCCACAGCUUGUACCUCAGUCGAAUUACAAAUGCAUAGCGAUGUAUUUAUUUCAAAACAUAUUAUUUACGUUAUUAUGUAUUUGUAUGGAAAAACAGAUCGCGUGUGCAUUUUUUAAAUUUUCAAAGUUAAACAGAUGAUUCAAAUUUGCAAAUCCAUUACUGUUUUAAGAUAUACUACUUGUCUUACUAUUACUAAGGUUCAUGAAUUGGCUCUCAUAUGGGAAAUUUCUUACAAUUCAAUAUAAGAAUGAAAACACCAGUCGGGAAAUGCGACAUAAUGACCUUGAACGUCUAUAGAAUCUCCUUCCAAUACAUUAACAACAACAUUUAGAAGGGCGCACCUGUUAAAAUUGAUCAUUUGAAUUUUUUCUACUAUAUCACUAAUGGUGCGGAGUAGUUAGGGAUUAAGUUUCAAAUAUUAAAUAUCACUUGUGUGAGAAUUAAAUAUUCACCUAUAAACAUGAGGAAGAUUUUAAACUUCUUGAAAUACGUAAAUACACAAUUAAUCAACAAAAACAUGGGAUGUUUGGAACUGCAAGACGCACAAUGAAUGGAAAAGAGAAGAAUUGCUCAGAUAUGUGGACUUGAUAUUGGUUCAUCUAAUAUGAAAUAAGUGGAGGGAAAAUGGCAACUGCAAAUGCUAAAAAUCGUGUUUACCUUUUCCGUCUACAAAUGCUUGUAAUAGAUGGAGGACUUCUAGUAUUACGAAACCUACUAGACCAGAAGCUCAACGUUCAGAACAUCUCUCUGAGCACAUGCCUGAGUCAAGAAAAUUCGACAAUUACACGCCUGAGAGGACAGAAUAUAAUCACUCAAGUCCAAUAUGAUCUACUGUAUCCUCUAGGUGGACAUCUUCCAUCGACAGCAGACUUUGACAUUACGCUUAUAAUAUGCCUUCUUAGGAGUCUGAAAUGUUGUGGUUUCAAUCGAAAAUUCAACUGGAAUGUUAUUCCAAAUGCAUCGGACCUAUCAGUGGAGGCUGAUAUCUACAGGCUGAAAUUGUACAGGAAUGAGAUCAGUCAUAUCUCGACAACAACAGGGAUCCAGUUGAAAUACUAUAGUUUUAAGUGGACUGAGAUAGAACAGAUUCUUUUGAGGCUAAACACUUCGGUGAUAAAUCCGGUUCCAAAUUUACAGCAGACAAUUGGUGUUAUAAAACAAAGUCCACUUGAUCCAGAAGCAGAGAAAAGGAUACAAAAAGAAGUGGAUGAGUGGAAAAAACUUGAAAAGGGUGUAGAGGUGGAUUUAAGACAAGUGAAAGUAGAUACUCAAGUCAUAAAGGAGGAGGUGAAGCAACAACACACUAGUAUACAGAAGGUAACGGGAAAAGUGGACAAAAUAGAGGAGCGCACUUCAGAACAUUCAGAACUUAUUUGGGGCGCACAAAACAAGAUAACUGAUCUUGAGGUCGAUUUAAGACAAGUAAAAGUAGAUGAUCAAUCCAGACAGAAGGAGUUGAAGCUACAACAGGGAAAAAUGGAAGACAUAUACAAGCGCACAUCAGAAAAUACAGAACUUAUUAGGGGCGCACAGAACAAGGUAACUGAUCUUGAGGUCGAUUUAAGGCAGGUAAAAGUGGAUGAUCAAUCCAUAAUGAAAGAGGUGAAGUUACAACAGGGAAAAAUGGAAGAAAUAUACAAGCGCACAUCAGAAAAUACAGAACUUGUUAAAGGCACACAAAACAGGGUAGAUGAUCUUGAAAAACAAAUAACCAAAAACAAUGAAUCAGCACAAAAACAGAAAGAACAAAAAGAGAUCAAUACACAAGAAGCAAUAGCAACAAGUAAGUGUUCAGUACAUAAGUAUCAUUUCAAAAAUUGUAAUUCUUGUUGUCGUGUCGUGUCAUGCCUACUUUAGAAGGUUACUACUGUAGCUAUGAUACACUGAGUUCAUUUAGUAACAGUUCUCCAGUAUAUAAUAUAUUUUCGCCAUAACAUACGCAUUUGCACAUUUGAUACUUAACAAUGUAGA